AUGCCAGGUCUGCAGUACACGCGCUUCCCAAACCUCUACACGGCUAGCAGCCCCGUGGUCCACGGAGAUGGGUUGACAGAAGCUCAUAUUGGCGGCUUACGCUUCCCCGAAGAAAUAAUCCACAUCUCCUGGGCUGUUCUGCUCCGGUCUUAUACGGGCAGUGAGGAGCUGGUAUUCCUGACAGAAGACUGCGCCAUCCGAGUUGAUGCCCGCAGUUGGGUCGUCGAACGGAUUUCCGGAGAGCAUGAGUAUGCGAGCCCAGAAGAAGCCGAUGUCACUGGAGUAUUCCGGAAGGAAGUAAGUCAAGCCUGUCUACGAACAGCUAUCGAGUAG